CCUUAUUCAACGAAGGUAAACUCUUUCUUCUUUCAGAAAAGUGAAAAAAAAAGAUAUUCCAUAUUAAUCCAGCCAAAAAACACAAGUAACAAUGUCUGACAUUGAUGAUGAAUCUUUUGAGACUGAAAACUGGUUAGUCAAUACGGAAUGGAUACAAGAUUUUUUGAAAGAUCAUCAUAAAUAUAAUGCAGAUUUUGUUUUAAAGGACUACACUGUAUCAGCGGGAAGUUCAAAUGGCUUAAGUAAUCUAAGUGAAGUAUUAGCCGUUAAAAUACAAUACGAAUUUCAAGAUGAAAAACAUCAAUUGGAAUUGUUUAUUAAACUUUUGCCACAUGAUCCGUUUAGUCGAUUUUUUGUUACCGAAGCACAAUUUGAUUUGAGGGAAAUCAAAUUUUAUACUCAGAUUCUCCCAGAUCUCUUGGAAUUUCAAAAACGACAUUUACGUGCCGAUGCGGAGCCAAUGACACUGGCAGUGCCAAAAUGCUAUCACAGCACAUACAAUACCGGAUUAAAUGAAGAAGAAUCAAGUCCCGAACCAUCAGAGAGCAUUUUGGUUUUGCAAGAUAUGCGACCAAUGGGUUAUCAAUCAGCACAUUUUACAUCCGGCCUAACUCUGGAGCAAACAAAGUAUGCCAUAAUUUCGAUCUCAGCUGUUCAUGCAUUAUCGUUGGCUAUGAAAUUUAAAGAAAAAGUUCAAUUGAAUGAGAAAUAUCCAUUCCUCUUCCAAAUUGACAAGGCUUCAGAUAGCUAUCAACAAUUGGUUGAACACGGAUUACCCCACUUGAGUAAAUUCCUUUUGGAUAUCGGUGGCAAAGAGGAGGUCUUAAAGGCUCUGAAUGAAGUUCGUAAUAAAACUCGAUCUAUCAUAGAGGUCCUUUUGCAACCAGAUGAGCCAAUGGGUUUGAUAACACACACAGACUUUUGGUCAAAUAAUUUAUUAUUAAAAAAUAGACCAGAUCCAAGCAAAGAAGAUAAUUGUGUGAUUCUAGAUUGGCAAAUGGUUACAUAUAGUCGGGCAACAAAUGACAUAGCUCUUUUAAUGAUAUCUUCGUUAACAUCCGAUGUAAGACGUAAGAACACCGAGAGUCUACUUGACUUCUACUAUGACUGUUUGAAGAAGAAUCUUUUAAAAGUUAAUGUUGAUUUGGAAGUUGAUCUUGAUUAUUCUAGGCAAAAACUUGGACUUGAUUACAAAAAAUCUCAACUUCUUGCAUUACUUUUAUGCAUAGGAUCAGUCGAUAUUGCAUUGGGAAAGAAAGAUGCCGAAGAACGAUUAAUAGAUGCAUUGGAAGAUUUUAAUAAUGAUGGAGUAUUGAAUCCAUAUUAUUUGGCAAAUUUGGAUAAUAAUUGAAAGAGAACUGGAAGUUGCUAAAAAAACACACAAACACACUCAAACAUAUAAUGUUAACAUUUUUUUUUUUAAUUUUUAAAAUUAGUUUAUACGAUUUUUUGCUAAAAACAAAACAAAACUUAAAAAAAAGUAAAUCAAAAAAAAAAUCAGUUAAAUAAUAAUAUUUUUGGAAUAAGAAAACACAUUUCCAAGUAAAAUGAAAACAACAAGAAAAAAUUUUGAGAAACUAUGUAGUAAACAUUGAAUCAAGUUAAAAACAAGAAAACAAAACAAAAAAUAAACAUCAAAUUAAAAUGUAAAAUUGAAAUAUUAUAAAAAUAUAUAGUACACACCAAAAUAAUAGCAACUAUAAAACACCAUUAUAAAAUUCUCAUGCACAAAAUUGCUAUUUUAAAAAAAAUUUUGAUUACAUGUUGUAAUUACAAAAAAAGUAAUAAUGUAUUUAAAGAAAACAAAAUACAAACAAUUCCAAAACAAAGCCGAAUAAUAAAAAAAA